AUGUCGCCUAGAAUCUUCGUCACUGGUGCCACUGGCUACAUUGGCGGCCAUGCCACUGAACUCUUGAUUGCCUCCCACCCUGAGUACGAGGUUGUGGCUCUGGUCCGCACUGAGGAGCAGGGAGCUGCGCUUCGGGCUCACUGGCCUCAGAUCACGACUGUGAUCGGAACACUCGACGAUGAAAAUGUUAUCAAAGAUGAAAGUGCCAAGGCAGAUGUUGUCCUGCAACUCGCAAGUUCCGACCAUAUCCCCGUUGUCAAGUCUGCGAUCGCAGGACUUGCCACUGGAGGCGGCAAAUUGAUUCAUAUCUCUGGUACCGGUGUGUUGAACGACAUGUCGACAGGCGCCGGUAACCCGACACCUAAAGUGUACGAUGAUAUCAAGGACCUGAAGGAGAUUACCUCCCUUCCAGACUCCGCCUUUCACCGCGACGUUGACGAUGCUGUGCUCACAACCGGUGCUCAGAGCAACGUGCCUACUGCCAUCAUCUGCCCUCCUCUUAUUUAUGGUGUUGGUCAAGGCCCGUUGAAGAAGCGAAGUAUGCAGAUUCCUUUCCUCAGUGAGGCGAUUCUGAAGAGAGGACGUGGUUUCACUGUUGGCGAAGGAAAAAAUAUUUGGGAUCACAUCUAUGUCGGAGAUGUGGCCAAAGCGUGCAUUGUGCUGAUCGAAGAGGCUCUUAAGCCUAACGGGGGAUCUGCACAGUGGGGCCCCGAGGGAUACUACUUCGUUGAGUCGGGCGAGUUCGCGUGGAAGGAUAUCGCUGCCAAGAUCACAGAAAUCGCCAAAGACUUGGGAAAGAUUGAAUCCGCGGAAGUUGAUGAGCUGUCCGUCGAGGAGGCCUCCAAGUUUCACCCAUGGGCCCCUGUCCUGUGGGGAGGCAACUGCCGAAGCCGAGCCACUCGUCUUCGCUCUCUCGGUUGGAAGCCUGAGGGACCAACAGUAUGGGAAGCCCUUCCAGCAAUCGUGAAGGCGGAAUCGAAUGCACUCUAA